GUACAAAAUAUUGUCCGACUACAAAAGCCAAAUGUAUUUUUUGGCUUUACAAAGUAGUUUGACAAUAAUUUGAAAUUUCCAAUGUAAUAUUGAAGUAAAUUUACGAAUAGUACAUAUAGAUGGCGCUACUGCAAAAACCAGCGCCAUCUCUUGAAAAGGGGUUCUUGUUUGAAGUUAAUACAAAUAGCAAACUACAGUGUGACUUAUCUAUCUCAAUAAAAUUGUCUAUGAUCGUGAUCCCAGUGUUCCCAACUUAGGGGUUUUCCCCCCAGAUUUAGGGGGCAAAUAAGUGAAAUGGGAUUUUUUAGGGGUCUGAAAUUUUUAGGGGUAUUUUCAGGGAUUUUUUGACUUUUUAAUAUUUUUAAAUUGAUGAUAAUUUUAAUAUUUCUUUCUUGACCUAGCGACCUAUAACGAUGUAUAAUACGUUAUUCUACAACCACUCUGAGGCAACUGGCGGCAAUUUUCAUCGAAUAAAAAAAAUGUUAAAUUUAUUCAUUGUCAACAUGUAUGAUUUAAAAAAAUCUGAAUCUUCAGAUAAAUACGUAAUAUUUUGUCUGUAUUAAAUAAGACUUUUAAAACAUAUUACAGCAUAUUAUUUCUAAAUUAUUAUGAAUUUAUAUUUUUAGGGGGACAACUCAAUAAUUAAGGCGAUUUUAGGGGUUUUUGACACAAACUUUAGGGAUAAAUAUUUUGGAGAGUUGGUAACACUGCGUGAUCCACAGAGUACAUUAAAAAGUAAUCCAUCGAUCGUGUAUCGAUCCAUGAUCCAUCCAAUUCCAUUCUACAUUUAUUAUUUUACUUUUUGCAUUCCAUCCACCUGAUGAUGUGAAUAAAUGAUGAAGUGAUCUGUGAUUCCGCCAUUCCACGUCAACGCCGGUGGUUUAUCAUCUUUUUUAACUUCAAAUUUUCUGCGAACACGUUUUGAAUUUGCCUAUAUUUUCAUAUUUUUGGUAGUUAAUAUGGAGCAAGAAACUUUAUUUAAGGAAUUUUCUACUGAGAAAAGGCGUACUAUAGUAAAACCUGCCGGUCAAAAUAACGUUUCUGUACUUAAGGAAAACCAGCCAUUUAGUAUACAAGACUUUAUUACUAAAAUAUUUUUACCACGAGGAUAUCCUGACUCAGUUAGUAAAGACUAUAUUGAGUAUCAAAUUUAUGAUUGCCUACAGGCUGCCUGUAGCACUAUUAUCGGUAUCAUAGCCGCUCAAGCAGUCUUGAAAGGAGUAGGUGUCGGUAAUGUACAGGCUACAGCCUUAGCAGCCACGAUCACAUGGAUCACCAAGGAUUUAUGUGGACACUUAGGGCAGAUCAUGUUUGCCUUUUUUUAUGGUGGUGUGUUGGACGCUUACUGCAAAACAUGGCGUUUGUAUGCAGAUGCACUAAAUGAUUUGGCUAUGUUGUCUGAACUGGCAUUGCCAUUAUUUCCUGAAAGUUUCACAAUAUUGAUUUUGUGCUUUAGCACUCUAGUCUAUAACAUAGUAGGAGUUGCAGGCAGUGCCACAAGGAUGGCAAUGACCCAACAUCAUGCCAUAGAGGGCAACUUUGCAGAUGUAUCUGCAAAGGACGCUGCACAGGAGACGGCUGUCAACUUUGUGGCGUCCAUAGUCGCGCUAGCAUUCAUAUCAAUUAUUACAAAUAAUAUAAUUUUAAUUUUCAUAUUGGUUCUGCUUCACCUUUAUUUUAAUUAUCGUGCUGUGAAAUCCGUUAUUUUAAAUAAGUUUAAUGAACCAAGGUAUUUGCAUUUUCUGGACUCCUAUUUUAAAUCAAAAACUCUAUGCCCAAUUGAAGUUAACCUGUCCGAGAGUGUGUUUUUUAGGAAACAAGAUGACAUAUUAAUGGGAUACAAAAUAAUGAUCGGUCAAUCCUUAAAACAACUAACUAACUACUCUGCAGAUGCUACAUAUGUAAAUAAAAUUAAAAAUAUAUAUGCAAUGGCCAAUUAUAUACUUAUUGUUAAUGCUAGGGAUAAGAUUAUAAAUGUAUUUUUACAUGAAAACUCUACUACGGAUGGAAUCUUGCUUGCUUACUUCCAUGCAGUGGUGGCAGCAAAAGUUAUGCAUUCUAUUCAAAACAGCUCUGGCUCGGUGCUGCGACUAUCAAAAACAAAGAGUUUCAAUCGAAUAUUGCUCGCAAUAAAAAAGGGUGAAUUGACCCGCCGUAACCCGACCCAUAGCUAUGAAGUACAACUGGAGCCAUCUUUAAUUUUGAUUAAAUACUUGCACGAGAUGGUAAAGCUGGAGUGGCCAUCUCUGAGAAACACGUUACGUCUAGCUGGUUGGAAUGUAACAAAUCAUUCAUUGAUAGUCGGAAAAUGGCGUGUUUGCCAGGAUGGCCCAAAACUAAACCCGUAAACUGCGAGUUACAUUCAACGGCACGAUAGCGAACACAAUAGAACAUUUUGCAUGAAACCUAUGAGUUCAAUAGAAAAGUAAUGUAAUUUAGAUAAUGUUAUAUUGAAAAAUGUUAAUAAUGUUAAAAUGUGAAUAAUGUUAAAUUAGAAAAUCAUGAAAAUUGUACAAUUUGUUAGUGUAUUGAACAUUAUUAUUGUUUAUUAAAUAUUAUUAUUAUUCAUGAAACACCUUUUUGUAAAAGAUAACUAACAGAAAAUUAAAAUUAUUAUUCGAAUUUAAUAGAUUUAGGAAUGUAAUUAAAAAGAUGUUUUCUGCAUGACAAUGGGAUAAAAUAAUAUGAUGAAAUUUGUACAAUUUAUUAGAUUAUUAAACAUUGUUUUCGUUGUACAACUUUCCGUUUAUAAGAUAACUAAUAGAAAAAUUAAAUUCGAGUUUACUAGAUUUAGAAAAAGAACUGAUAAUAUUAGAUUUAGAAAUGUUAUUCCUAGGAUGUUGCAUGCAUGAUAAUGUUAAAGAUAAAAUUUGUACAAUUUAUUAGUUUAUUAAUUAUUUAAUAUUAAUAUAUAAUAAAUAAUUUUUUUUUGAAAAAAAAAAAAUAACAAAAAAUUUAAAUUAUUAUUAUUAGAAAGAGAACUGAUAAAUGUGAGAUGAUGAACUUUGUACAAUUUAUUAGUGGCAGUUAGUUGGUAUGAAUAACGCCGGCCACAGACGUUCAAGUAUACAGUGCGUGUAAGUCAGUCACCCGAUGGACGUCCACUGCUGCUGGACAUUGGACCCUUACAUGGACCUCCAACCACAACGGUCUCGAGCCGCCAGCAUCCAGCGGUUCCCUGCAACCCGCUUGAUGUCCUCGGUCCACCUAGUGGGGGUCGACUAAUUGCGAUUUCCAGUGCGGGGUCGCUAUUCUAGCACUUCGGACUUCCAACGUCCACAGGCUCUUCGAAGUAUGUGGCCUGUCCAGUUCCACAAAAAAAAAAAUGUAAUAUAAAGAUAGGUAGGAAAUUAUUACAAGAUUUCAAAUAUACAUUUUAUUAUUUUUGUAA